GUCAAGCCGACCCGGGGAACCUGGUACUUUACGGAGCUGCACCCGGCGCCACAUUCCUGCGUCCCUCGAGCCUGGGAGGCUGUCAGUUCUGAGAACCGGGGAACAUGAUAAGGAAUUGGCUGAUUAUUUUUAUCCUUUCACCCCUGAAGCUCAUAGAGAAAUGUGAAUCGACCAUCAGCCUCACUGUUCCUCCCGUUGUGAAGCUGGAAAAUGGCAGCUCCACUGAUGUCAGCAUCACCCUUUGGCAUCCAUUAAAUGCAACCUUGGUGAUCACUUUUAAAAUCACAUUUCGUUCAAAAAAUAUUACUAUACUUGAGCUCCCUGAUGAAGUGGUGGUGCCUCCCAGAGUGACAAAUUCCUCUUUUCAAGUGACGUCUCACAAUGUUGGACAAGUUACCACUUAUCUGCAAGGAAAUCAUUCCAACCAGACUGGCCCAAGGAUACGCUUCUUGGUGAUCUACAGCAACAUCGUUGAUGUCAUAUGCCAGGUGACUGGCUGGAUCUACUUUGUGGCCUGGUCCAUCUCAUUCUACCCUCAGGUGAUUGAGAACUGGAAGCGGAAAAGUGUUGUUGGUCUGAGCUUCGACUUCGUGGCCCUGAACCUGACGGGCUUCAUGGCCUACAGCGUGUUCAACAUCGGCCUCCUCUGGGUGCCCUACAUCAAGGAGCAGUUUCUCCUCAAAUCUCCCAAUGGAGUGAACCCUGUGGACAGCAAUGACGUCUUCUUCAGCCUGCACGCGGUCGUCCUCACUCUGAUCAUCAUCGUGCAGUGCUGCCUGUAUGAGCGAGGCAGCCAGCGUGUGUCGUGGCCUGCCAUCGGCUUCCUGGUGCUCUCGUGGCUCUUUGCAUUUGUCACCAUGAUUGUGGCUGCAGUCGGCGCGACCACGUGGCUGCAGUUUCUCUUCUGCUUCUCCUACAUCAAGCUGGCUGUCACGCUGGUCAAGUAUUUUCCACAGGCCUACAUGAACUUUUACUACAAAAGCACCGAGGGCUGGAGCAUUGGCAAUGUGCUCCUGGACUUCACUGGGGGCAGCUUCAGCCUCCUGCAGAUGUUCCUGCAAUCCUACAACAACGACCAGUGGACACUGAUCUUCGGGGACCCAACCAAGUUUGGACUCGGCAUCUUCUCCAUCUUCUUCGAUAUUGUCUUCUUCAUCCAGCACUUCUGUUUGUACAGAAAGAAACCAGGGUACGACCAGCUGAACUAGCACCCAGGGACCCAGUGUAAACAGCCCAGGCCCUGUGUCCUGGUGGGGAAGGCUCCACCCAUGAAGGCCAGAGAUGAAGUCUGGCGUGCAAGGGAGAAACGCUCUUUUCCUCAGGGCCAAAUGCCUUAACUCGAACCCACCUGCCUUCAUCCACAGCCCAGACCCCUCCUGGGCCAGGGAGGAAGCUCCCUCUGGGACAGACACCUGACUCUGCUCCGAGACUGAAAGCCAGACCUCUAGCAACCCCUCCCAACCUCCCCAAGGUCUCAGCCCCUCCUGGGCCUCGCUGGCCAGACAUCUUUGAUGCCGCCGUCUCUCUUUUCUUUAAGGCUUCAGGCAGCACGCACAGGUUCUGGCAGCCAUCUCAGGCAGGACUGGGCGCUGAGCUUGCAGCCGAAGGCCUUGUCCCAACCAACCAGUGUUUCUGGGAGCAGCUUGAAGGGCUGACCUUGCAGCCGGAGAGCCAAGGGUACUUUGCUGUCACUGCUGUGUUCCCAGAGACCGAGCAGCCAGGUGCUGGGGCCAGUGGACUCAGAAGUGCUGGUGCUGGUGGCGGAGGGGCUAGGACUUUGGGGUUAGACCUGGGGUCCCUUCUCUGAAGGCCGCAUUCCUGACACUCACUUGUUCUAUGUAACUCAACUUCCACGACUGCAGUAACAGGUGACCCAGGCCAGGGCCUGGGAAAGAGAAUUUUGGAGGCCUGAGGUGCCCACCAGAGUUCUGAACAAGACUCAUGCCCAACACCCUCUGGAGCUUUAUCACAAAAAGUCAGGUGAUCACACUAACUCCUUUCAGAUUUUCUGGAGGGGUGUUUUGGAAGUGGCUUGCUUACUUCUGCCCUCCCUCCAACUCCACUUUCCCAGAGUCAGAUGGGGACCCAUCUGAGCACCCCCAGCUGUCUCUACCUAGCAUCUGGAGCGAAGGAGACACAUACACACUCCCUCUCCACCAGUCUGUGCCUUAGAGGCCUGUUCAACCUGCCAAAUGGUGAGAGUAGCUCCCCCCAGAGGGGAGGGAAGGCCACCUGCCCUCCCUUUCCCCAGGCCCGUACCUGAGACUCAGAUAAGAGCUGGAGAUCACCUCACACAAUCCUUAUGGGCCCAACCCUGAUCUCAAACCUCCUCCCCCACCCCAAGCCACUGUCCUUCCUAUGGCAGGAGGGGAGGGUCCCAGGACGUGCCUUGUACAUGCCUUGAGUUUGUCAAUCCACUCUGACUUUUUUACUACAAGAUCAGGGUGAGGGGCCUGUAUCUGUAAUUGAAACCUGACUUGUCUCCUUUCUGCACAUUCUGCGCACUUGCUAGGUGCAGAAGGCAGGUGUGUUAGCCUUCAGAGCCAAGUCGUCUCUUAGGGAGACAGCCUUGUUCGCCUCAUAUAAGGAAACGAGUAGGGUUGUGAAGCUCACUGACCCGAGGUAACUGCAUGCUGACCCCACACUUCAUUGGGGGUGCCUUCCUGGCUAGUGUGAGACUCCUGCCCACUUGGGCCAGGUAGGUCUCACAGGUACCAUGCCUCCGCCAUUACCAGGCACACCACUCAAGCUGUGGAUGUGAGCAGGGGCUGGUGAGGUUUUUCAGGGCACGCCACCACAGGGAGCCGAGCAGUGGGGGUCUUACUCUUCACAUUCUUCCUCUAUCCAGUUGUCAAUCAAAGAAUUUAAGGUCUUAAUUCUCCAGAGCAGAGAAUGCACCCUGGCCCUGCCCACAGACCUGUUUUCUUUGGGCUUUCCAGUGAUUUUUAUAAAGUGUGUUAUUGGGUGCCACACUUUUUUUUUU